AUGAAAGGCUUUGAUAGUUGUUCACAGUGGAGUGCAAGGGCUGAUGCCGACGAGCUUGGAGUUAAUGUGGUUGAAAAUCGACGGUGGGUCUGGAUGAGUGAUGGUGUGAAUACGGAUGGGAGUGUUUUAAGAUUUGUAGAAAAAAUAAACUCACUGUGGAAAGAUGAGAGAGAUACUGUAUGUGGAAGAUCAUUGAAGCAAGAAGAUGAUGGUGGGUUUGAGUUAUUAGACCAUAAAAAAGUGAACAUAGUGAAAACAAAUGUGGAGAAACCUGCGGCGGAACAAAGUGAUUCAUUGUUCCGAGGAGUGAGGAAGAGGAAGUGGGGAAAAUAUGUGUCGGAAAUUAGAUUACCAAACAGCCGUCAAAGAAUAUUGUUAGGUUCUUACGACUCGGCAGAAAAAGCUGCGCGUGCAUUUGACGCGGCUAUGUUCUGCUUACGUGGCAGCGGUGCCAGGUUUAAUUUCCCGACUAAUAUUCCGGAUAUUGCCGGAGGAAGGUCCAUGACCCAUUCUGAGAUUCAAGCAGCUGCAGCCUGUUUUUCCAAUUCGGAGCCCCGUAAUGAGUAUUCAGGUUGA